AUGGACCGAUGGAAAAUGGGAGAAGCAUAUGAUAUACGUCCAUGGGCGAGGAUUUCGGGUCUGCAGGUUCCCCCUAAGCGAAGUGAAGAAGAUCUGGAGUGUGCUGAAUUGAACCUCUCGAUCACAUCCAUUAAUACUUAUUGUGUGAGUAAGUUUGCAAUGGCAUGUUGGGGUAUCUGGUGUAGCAGGAAUGAUUAUGUGUGGAGGAAUGCGGUUUAUUCAAUGGAUUCAAUGCUACGUUCCGCUAUGUCACUUUUGAGUAGCUGGAAGGACGUAAAUGAGCCGGAGGCACCGGUUAGUACCCAUACUGCCGAGGAGCUGUGGUGUCCACCUUCACAUGGCUGUCUCAAAUUAAAUACGGAUGUUGCCAUGGAGUCUAAUAGUGGUAUAAUGGGUAUGGGUUGGAUUAUAAGGGAUGAGAUGGGUGUUCUUGUGGCUGCCAAAGCAAUGAGCAUUCAUGAGGCUCUGAGCUUGGUAAAGUCUUUGGGCUAUGGCGACAUCGAUGUGGAAACUGAUUCCCAGAUUGUUUUUUAUGCUUUGUCUACAAUUUCUUAUAACUCUCCUUUUAGUUUUAGUUUAUUAAUUGAUGAUGUAAAAGAGGCUGCAUCGCAGAUACAUGUGGAUGUGCACAUCCAUUCUACCAGCCAUUAG